AUGUCUGUCAAGAAAGUGCAAGGCCACAUCGAUGCUAUUCAGCGCAAGCUGGAGAAGUCCAUCAAGAUCGCCGACAAGGGGCCGAACAUGAAGCUCGGAGAUGUUAUCAAGCUGGGACGCAAAACUAACUCUAUUGUAUCUGAAAUUAAGAAGAGCAUCAGCGAAUACGAUGGUGCUGAUCCUACCCCUGAGGAGGCACAAGCCAUCCUCACAAAGAUGGAGAAGGUCGUCGAGUUGACUGAGAAGGAACUGGAGACUAUGGUCCAGAACAAGCCCCGCAUUGACGAGCUACAUGUUGGAGGUCUCGUUAAGAGAAACUUGUUGAACAGCCAAGAGGCGGGAGCCAAAUUCUCUGUGACGUUGAAUGAGAAAGCCCCUGAUAACCUGAAGGCUUCGGCUCAAGCGCUCGAGGAGAGACGCAAUAAAGCCUUUGACAAGGCUGUCAACGUCUUCGCCAAUGCUCAGGGAGGUGAGGACCAGGCUGAGGGGGAGGACGACUCGGAUUAA